GUGCUGCGACGCCCGCCCCGUCACCGUCGCCCUCCCUGUAAGCCCGAGCGAGGCCCGCAGCGGCGGGGUGGCCGAUGCCCUCGCACACGGCGUCGCUGAAGGCAGCCUGGGGAGGUUUUGCGACGCUUGCCCCGACGCCCACCCUGCAAGCCCGAGCGAGGCCCACCGCGAUCGGGUGGCCGAUGCCGUCGCACAUGGCGUUGCUCCUGGCGGCCUGGUGAGGUGUUGCGUCGCCUGCCCCGUCGCCCUCCCUGUGAGCCCGAGCGAGGCCCGCGGCGGUGGGGUGGCCGAUGCCCUCGCGCACGGUGUCGCUGAAGGUGGCGUGGAGAGGCGCUGCGACGUUCGCCCCGUCGCCCUCCCUGCGAGACCGACGCGGCGCGACAUGGGCGGCGAGAUGGACCUGUUCGACGAACUGGAUGCGACGCCGCUGGGCGCCGAAGAAGGUCGUUCGUCGCCAAGAUGGACGAUAGUGAAGAUAGCCAGUCUCCAGAUCCCAGUCUCGCUCACGAUGGACAUGGAGGUGGUGCUGCACGGGCGGAGUCUGGCGGCCUGCCUAGGCUUGGUCAGGAUCCCUCCCCGCUGGACGCUCGACCCACGGGGGGGUCUUCGCAUGCCGCGAUGGACGCUGGCGAAGAUAGCCAGCCAGGCUCCGCCCGAGGACCGCGGCGAGGACCCCGACCAGGUAGUGGCGCAGCGACGACGAGAAGCAUGCCAACGGGAGCUCCGACGGUACACCCAGCACUGGAUCGGCGACCCGCUCAACGACCAGCAGACCGAGCAGGACGUUCUCGACGACUGGAUGGAGUGGUGCGUGCCGUACACAGCGGAGCAGUUGCGGGACCCAGUAUUCGAUGCUUUGCGGGGCGGUGGCGGCUGGGACGAG